CUCAGCCUCAACACCCCGAAAUACAGUUCGCGCAGGCGUCCAAUUCGUCAGCUGAACUGUCACGGUAACAGCGUAGUUGCAUCGAGUCUCCACAUACUGCAUUAAAGGCGUUACUGUCCCUCCAUCAGAUGUUGUCUUCAUAGAUCCUGCCUUUCUACCUCCCUAGAUCAAAAUUCAUUUGGUCUAUCGAUUUCCUCAUGUCUGUCAAAGCAUGCAGGCUCAUCGCAAGGACCCCAAACAAGACGAUGAAUUUCCUCGAGCACUCGUCAAAGCGAACCGUCGGCUCCGAACGGAUAGAUCCCCCGCACGUAUAGCGCCUGAAAUAACAGCAGACACACCCUCCUCCAACAGCGACUGGCUCGCCGUGAUAGGCCCGCAUAACCUCAUUACGCCUAUCCCUCCCUAUGGCCGUACCGGCUCCAUUCCGCUCUUCGACAUAAUUCCCCGCGAGAUUAGAGACGAAAUCUAUUUCUACAUCGUCCACCGCCCCAAAGGCCUGGUCUACCGACGGGACCAUUGCAGAGCCAUGGGCUACAACGGAACCUAUCGUACCCACCAUUACACAUGGCAAUCUGGAAACAGCGACAUUCUUUUCCUUUUGUUGACCUGCCGACAGCUGUAUGAGGAGGCGCUUGAAGUCUUCUGCAGAUGUAAUACCAUCCACGUCGAGCGCAGGACAGACCGGCCCCUGGAGGGGACACUACGUUUGUUCCCGGACAAGGCUGCGCGCUGGCUACAGAGCAUCGAGCUGGGGUACGUGGAUUCUAACACCAACCGGGACGAUGAGUGGAGGUUACCCAGGCCGGGCUUCGCGUUCGAGAGGAUGACUAAAGACGCGUGGCUGGCGAAGGACUUCUUCCCCCGACUGAAAGUAUAUACGGCACUAUGGAAUAGUGACCCAUACCACUUCCAUGAAGCCGAAGACCUGAACAUAGAGGGUAGAUCCGAGGAGCAAACGGUGGAGAUGUGGUUGGUGUGGAUGAAGUUGCACUGCGAAAGGAUGAAGAGGGUGCCGCCUCCGUGGCUGAAGAUCACUUUCCCGCUUACAGAUGGCUCCUAUGGCAAGAGGGAGCAUCGCAUGAGGAGGCAUCAAGCUGCAUGGGAUCAAGCGAUGGCACGCUUCAGGGAGGUGCGGGUGCAGGAACGGACAGAUUUCGAAGCCGAGCUCGAGGAGUCGGGGAAGAAGUGGCUAGAAGAGACAUGGGGUGAUGCCAGGAGGCAGACGAAGAAGGAAAAGAAGGGUACUGUGACGCAGGGAGGGUCACGAUCUGCGGGAUAGGAAUAUGUUUUGUUUGGGUAUCUAUAUAUUCAACCCAGAAUUUGAGAUUCGGAAGCUCACCAACGCCGACGCUAUGCAAUGCAAACAGGCUCAAAAGUCUAUCCGAAACAUCGGAGAAAGGGAGAAAGG